CGGGAGGGGAAGGGAAGGGAAAGCAGGGAAGGGAAGGGGGGGCCCCACACUUCCCGGCGGCCGUUCCCUGGUGUGGCGGCUGCGCGGCACAUCCCGACCUUCCCUGGGCACCCGCCGGCGUUCCAUGGCCGUCCUGAAGCCCAGGCUGCAGGCCCUGGAGCGGGAUGAGGAUGCUCGGAGCAAUCAGGAGAGCAUCCGGGAGAAGCUGAGCCUCAUCCAUGGCUUCCUGCAGGCCACGGCACAGCAGGAGCUGAGCGAGCUGGAGGCCAAACUGCGCCGCGAGGAGCUCUCCGAGGAGCGGUACCUGGCCAAGGUGAAGGCGCUGCUGCAGCAGGAGCUGGCGGCAGAGAAUGGCACCAAUGGAUGCACUGGGAUCGGCGGCUCCGGCAGCGAUGGGGACGAUGAUAGCGCCAUGGAGAUGGAGGAAGGCGCCGGUGCCGCCGCAUCCUCGGCCUCUGCCACGCCACGGCCGCGGAAGGCCCGCAGGAGCCGCGCCAACGGCGAGAGCAAGAAGUCUCCUGCCAGCUCCCGGGUCACACGCAGCUCCGGGCGGCAGCCAAGCAUCCUGAGCCUGUUCUCCAAAGGGUCCACCAAGCGGAAAUCAGAGGAGGUCAGCGGGGAAGCAAUGAGCGUGGAGAAGGAGGAAGAGGAGCAGGAGGAGAAGGACCAGGAGGAGAAGAGGAUGCGCAUGGAGACCAAAGAGGGCCUGGAAGCAAGAGAGGAGCUGACCCUGGUGAAGACCCCACCUCCAGUUAAAACCACCCCCCCCAAGUGCCUCGACUGCCGGCAGUACCUCGAUGAUCCCGACCUCAAGUUCUUCCAAGGGGAUCCCGAUGAUGCCCUGGAAGAGCCGGAGAUGCUGACGGAUGAGCGCUUGUCCCUGUUUGAUGCCAACGAGGAUGGGUUUGAGAGCUACGAGGACCUCCCGCAGCACAAGGUCACGUCCUUCAGUGUCUAUGACAAGAGAGGCCACUUAUGCCCCUUCGACACCGGCCUCAUCGAGAGGAACAUCGAGCUCUACUUCAGCGGCGCCGUGAAGCCCAUCUAUGAUGACAACCCCUGCCUGGAUGGUGGGGUGAGAGCCAAGAAGCUGGGGCCCAUCAAUGCCUGGUGGAUCACGGGCUUCGACGGGGGGGAGAAGGCACUGAUCGGCUUCACCACAGCCUUCGCCGACUACAUCCUGAUGGAGCCCAGCGAGGAAUACGCUCCCAUCUUCGCGCUGAUGCAGGAGAAGAUCUACAUGAGCAAGAUCGUGGUGGAGUUCCUGCAGAACAACCGUCACGUCAGCUACGAGGACCUGCUCAACAAGAUCGAGACCACCGUCCCCCCCGCGGGGCUCAACUUCAACCGCUUCACAGAGGACUCCCUCCUGCGCCAUGCCCAGUUCGUGGUGGAGCAAGUGGAGAGCUACGAUGAGGCCGGAGACAGCGACGAGCCCCCCGUGCUCAUCACCCCCUGCAUGCGGGACCUCAUCAAGCUGGCCGGGGUCACCCUGGGCAAGAGGCGAGCCGCGCGGCGCCAGGCCAUCCGGCACCCGACGCGCAUCGACAAGGACAAGGGCCCCACCAAGGCCACCACCACCCGCCUGGUUUACCUCAUCUUCGACACCUUCUUCUCGGAGCAGAUCGAGAAGGACGAGAAGGAGGAUGACAAGGAGAACAGCACCAAGCGCCGGCGCUGCGGCGUCUGCGAGGUUUGCCAGCAGCCGGAAUGUGGGAAGUGCAAAGCGUGCCAGAACAUGGUGAAGUUUGGGGGCAGUGGGCGCAGCAAACAGGCCUGCCUGCAGCGGAGAUGCCCCAACCUGGCCGUGCGGGAAGCAGAUGAGGAUGAGGAGGUGGAUGACAACAUCCCAGAGAUGCCAUCGCCCAAGAAGAUGCUGCAGGGCCGGAAGAAGAAGCAGAACAAGAGCCGCAUCUCCUGGGUGGGGGAGCCCAUCAAGAGUGAUGGGAAGAAGGAUUAUUACCAACGGGUCUGCAUUGACCUGGAGACCCUGGAGGUGGGAGACUGCGUCUCCGUCAGCCCCGAUGAUCCCACCAAGCCCCUUUACCUGGCCAGGGUCACAGCCCUAUGGGAGGACAGCAGCGGGCAGAUGUUCCACGCGCACUGGUUCUGCCCUGGCUCUGACACGGUGCUGGGCGCCACCUCCGACCCUUUGGAGCUCUUCCUGGUGGAUGAGUGCGAGGACAUGCAGCUCUCCUACAUCCACGGCAAAGUCAACGUCCUCUACAAGGCCCCUUCGCCCAACUGGGCCAUGGAGGGCGGGCUGGAUACGGAGAUCAAGGUGGUGGAGGAUGAUGGCCGGACCUACUUCUACCAGAUGUGGUACGAUCAGGAGUACGCCCGCUUCGAGUCGCCUCCCGACACCCAACCCACCGAGGACAACAAGUACAAGUUCUGCAUGAGCUGCGCCCGCUUGGAAGAGGUGAGGCACAAGGAGAUUCCCAAAGUGGCUGAGCCGCUGGAGGAAGGCGAUGGGAAGAUGUUUUAUGGUGUGGCCACCAAGAAUGGGGUCCAGUACCGGGUGGGAGAUGGGGUCUACCUCCUGCCGGAAGCCUUCUCCUUCAGUGUGAAGCCUGCCAGCCCGGCCAAGCGGCCCAAGAAGGAGGCUGUGGAUGAGGAGCUGCACCCGGAGCAUUACCGCAAGUACUCCGAGUACAUCAAGGGCAGCAACCUGGAUGCUCCGGAGCCGUUCCGGGUGGGCCGCAUCCAGGAGAUCUUCUGCCCAUUGCGGAGCAAUGGGAAACCCAACGAGGCCGACAUCAAGCUGCUCAUCUGCAAGUUCUAUAGGCCCGAGAACACGCAUCGCUCCAUGAAGGGCAGUUACCAUGCGGAUAUCAACCUCUUGUACUGGAGCGAUGAGGAGACCACGGUGGAAUUCCGGGCCGUGCAGGGCCGCUGCACUGUGGUCUAUGGGGAGGACCUGACCGAGAGCAUCCAGGAGUACUCGGCCGGGGGCCUGGACCGCUUCUACUUCUUGGAGGCUUACAAUGCCAAAACCAAGAGCUUCGAGGAUCCUCCCAACCAUGCACGGAAUUCCGGCCAUAAAGGGAAGGGGAAGGGGAAAGGGAAAGGCAAAGGCAAGGGGAAGGCAGCACCGAGCUGCGAGCAGAGUGAGCCGGAGCCCCCCCAGCUGCAGCCCCCCAAGCUCCGCACCUUGGAUGUGUUCUCCGGCUGCGGGGGCUUGUCCGAGGGCUUCCACCAGGCAGGCGUCUCCGAGACCCUAUGGGCCAUCGAGAUGUGGGAGCCGGCGGCUCAGGCGUUCCGGCUCAACAACCCUGGCAGCACCGUGUUCACCGAGGACUGCAACGUGCUCCUCAAGCUGGUGAUGGGAGGCGAGCGCAGCAAUGCCCUGGGCCAGCGCCUGCCCCAGAAGGGGGACGUGGAGAUGCUGUGUGGGGGCCCCCCCUGCCAGGGCUUCAGUGGCAUGAACCGCUUCAACUCCAGAACCUACUCCAAGUUCAAGAACUCCCUGGUGGUCUCCUUCCUUAGUUACUGUGACUAUUAUCGGCCGCGCUUCUUCCUGCUGGAGAACGUCCGGAAUUUCGUGUCCUUCAAGCGCUCCAUGGUGCUGAAGCUGACCCUGCGCUGCCUCGUCCGCAUGGGAUACCAGUGCACCUUUGGGGUGCUGCAGGCCGGGCAGUACGGCGUGGCCCAGACCCGCCGCAGAGCCAUCGUCCUGGCCGCGGCACCGGGGGAGCGCCUGCCCCUGUUCCCGGAGCCCCUGCACGUGUUCGCGCCCCGCGCCUGCCAGCUCAGCGUCGUGGUGGACGACAAGAAGUUCGUCAGCAACAUCACCCGGACCUAUUCUGGACCCUUCCGCACCAUCACGGUGCGCGACACCAUGUCUGACCUGCCCGAGAUCCGCAACGGGGCUUCUGCCUUGGAGAUCUCCUACAAUGGGGAGCCCCAGUCCUGGUUCCAGAGGCAGAUCCGGGGCUCCCAGUAUCAGCCCAUCCUCAGGGAUCACAUCUGUAAGGACAUGAGCGCGCUGGUGGCGGCCAGGAUGCGGCACAUCCCGCUGGCUCCGGGCUCGGAUUGGCGGGAUCUGCCCAACAUCGAGGUGCGGCUGUCGGACGGCACCACCACACGUAAGCUGCGCUACACACACCACGAGAGGAAGAACGGGCGCAGCAGCAGCGGGGCCCUGCGCGGGGUCUGCUCCUGCGCCGAAGGGAAGCCGUGCGACCCCGCGGACCGGCAGUUCAACACCCUCAUCCCAUGGUGCCUGCCCCACACCGGGAACCGCCACAACCACUGGGCCGGGCUCUACGGGCGCCUGGAGUGGGACGGCUUCUUCAGCACCACAGUCACCAACCCUGAGCCCAUGGGCAAGCAGGGCCGGGUGCUGCAUCCGGAGCAGCACCGGGUGGUGAGCGUGCGGGAAUGCGCCCGCUCCCAAGGCUUCCCGGAUACCUACCGCCUCUUUGGGAAUAUCCUGGACAAGCACAGGCAGGUUGGGAAUGCGGUGCCGCCGCCGCUCGCCAAGGCCAUCGGGCUGGAGAUCAAGGCCUGCGUGGUGGCCAAGAGGAGGAAGGAUGCGGCCGAUCCCGGCGCUCCGGACAAGAUGGAGCCGAUGGACGCCGCCCCCUGACAGCGGCCCCGCUGCCCCCUCCCCCUGCCCUCAUUUUACCCCUUUCCGUUUGCUUUUUGGGUUCAUUUCCUUUCUUUUCGGGGCUUGAAGCCCCCCGAUCCCGGCCUGGUGUGUGUGUGUGUGUCCGCCGCUGUCCGUGACGGGGGCCGCGUUGUUUUGAGGAGGAUUCGGCCGCUUUGUACAAGUGGGAAUUGGGGUUUUUGGUUUUUUCCGUAGUUUUUAUAUGUUGUAAUAUUUCUUCAAAGUAAAGCUCUCCGGUAAAUUAUAAA